AUGAGCCUUUUAGAUCGUGGACAGUGUGCUGAGGAGCUGAAGGAUGUAGACCCUGACAUUGAUGAUGACGUUGACAUACAUGAAAUUUCCCCUGAACCACAGCAGCCUGGACAUAUACAUCCAAUCACAAACUAUUUCGCUAUCGCCAGAGCUCUCUGGUGCAGAGAUGAGGGUUCAGUUCCUGUUCCAUUGUGCUCAUUUAGUGUUGGAUGCACAGCCUUUAAUCUUGGGUAUGAUCCGUCCAUCAGGAGUAUUACCAUCAAUGAAGUCACUGUGAAAUUUGACUUACCUGAUCUGUGGCUAGCCAUUGCUGACUUUCUCCAGUGUGAGGCUACUCAUGGACAUCAGCACAUUCAUGCCAUAGGUGGCCCAAGGAGAGCUGGACCUACAGCUGACCUUCCUUUCGACAAACUUCAAACUUCCACAACACUCAUACCAUCAAACCUGCUCAAACACUUAAUUGUGCUCCACCCAGUGGUCCCUGGAUCCUGGGUCAUUAUGACACAGUUAUUGUGGAGACAACUGUGGGCUAUUCAUGGCCCAGUAGUUGUCUCUCAGGCAAGUUUUCUGUCUCAUAUAACGACACUCGUUCUAACAUCGACUACUUACCCUGCAGAUCACACCAUCACUCAGAUCAGGCUUAUCGUGUGGCCUAUUGCAGAAGAGCUUGCAAUUCCUUUGAGCAGUGUUCCUCAAAGUGCAAGGCUUGAUGGUCUUCAUACUUUCAGUGUUGAACCAGAUGGGGUUCCCAUGAUCAACCUGUACGAUACUGAAAAGCAUUGGUGGAAUUGGGUGCUGCCAUCAUCAUAUGAAUGCAACUGUUCACCUACAAAACACAGGGAGCAGAAAGGAGUCAAAAGUAACAAGGGAGAGUGGAUCUUGGUCAAUGAAGCUGCUACAAAUGUGGAAAAGUUAACCUACCAAACCAUUGAUACACCAACCACUGAAGACACAAACAUCACCGAAAACAGCCUCUCAGAGUCCAUAUUGUCUGGUGGAGCAGGGUCAUUUGAUGACCAGAUGCCAUCCAGCAAUAGCAAGGGUUCAUUGGACUCAUCCAAUGAUGGGAAUGAAGCGAUGGCCGGUGAGGAAGACUUCAAUCAAUCUUUGACAGAACAUAUCUUCGGAUCAUUCUUUAAUGUCAUCUCUGUUGCCCUCCUUGCAAAACAGCCUGAACUUGCUCAAAAACACCAUUUGUCAUGCAACUGGAGCACAGCAAACUCAUCACACCCAGACUUAAAAGAUCUGGAAGUCAAGGCUGCCAGUGAGGGAAAUGGUGAGGGUGAGAGUGAGGUUGAGAGCAAGAACAAGAGCGAGGGCGAGAAUGAGGGCGAGGGUCAGGAUAAUGAGACCACAUCUCAGGACACCACUAAAAUUAAAAAUGAUGAUGAUGACCCUCUGUGCGCACCCCUUCCAGAACCUAUUGGCAAGAUUCGCGUCUAUGACCAUUACUACGAUAUGCUGGAAAUUAUAUUCUCGAGCCAGGGUCUUAUUAGGCAUGGUUCCAUUUGUUACUUGGCCAGGAAAGACAAAGAAGAGUUCAUUAUCAAGGACCACUGGGUACUGGGGGGAGAGGAGGCUAUGAAUGAGAUCAACAUGAUGAAGAAGAUGAGUGGAGCCUGCGGUGUUCCUACCCUCAUCGAGCAUUGGUUUGUUGAGUCUGGGAACAAAGUUGAUUGA